AUGGAAAAUCCGCUCCCUGUUAGAGAAGCUGUUAAAUUGGCACGGGAAAGUGUUCCUAUUGAUUUGAGAAAAGCAGGAGAAUGUUCUACUGCUACAAUGGGGAGGUGCUAUAGAAAUUAUUUAAAGAAAUUUAAAAAUCAAGCUAUGGAUAUCAAAAUUGAUUUGGACUCUGAACCACCUCCAUGUAAAUCUUCUUGGUGGUAUUGGUUUAGUAAACUUGAUGAGAAUUUGGCUGGAUGUAAAAAUUGUGAUUGGGUAAAGAGCCGAGGAAAUGCUAAAUCAACAAGUAUUUUGCGCAGUCAUUUAAAGUCUCGCCAUCCAGAUUUAUUUGCUGAGAAACUUGAGGCUGAUCAGAAUUCUUCUAAAUGGAAAGCGCCAAAGAGGAAAGCACCACAGGACACUAAUUCUUUUGAAAUUGCGGUGAAGUCGGUUUCUGAAUGUUUGGAGCAAAGCAAUCAUUCUUUUGUGGCUAUUGAGAGUCCUGCGCGUUCACAGGCUUCGCUUUCUGAUGUUCAUGACUAUAAUUCUCUGUCUGAUACUAAUGAAGAAAAGCCUCCACCUAUUUUCGAUCAAUCAACAGCCAAACAAGAAAAUGGCCAAUCUAAUAAUGAAAAAAUUACUGAUAUGCUCAGAACUUUAUUUAAUCCAAAUAUUUAUCCUUUGGAUGAUAUUUUGGUUAUGUCAGCUACUGGAAUUAGCAACAACACAAAUAAUUCGACUGGACUUUUAACAGAUAAUCAAUUAAACGAAAAUCAACAAAUUGUUAAAUUGUCCCGUAUUGAAUAUUUUUCGGCUGCUCAUCGACUCAACAAUCCAAAAUUGAGUGUUCAAGAAAAUAACCAAUUAUUUGGAAAAUGUAAUAAUCCGAAUGGGCAUGGACACAAUUACAAAUUAAAAGUGGUUUUGGAAGGGCCAGUAAAUGCUGAAACUGGAAUGGUUUACAACUUGUCGGAUCUCAAACGUGAAAUUUCUCAAGUGCUUGAACUUGUUGAUCAUAAAAAUUUGGAUAAAGAUGUGGCUUAUUUUAGACAAUAACAUUGUUAGUACAACAGAAAAUCUCUCCAUUUUUCUCUUCGAUGAACUUCGUGUUCGAAUGGGCAAUCCGGAAUUAUUGAAAAAGGUUGUGGUUGAUGAGACUGAUAAGAAUAGCUUCACUUAUUCUG